UUCAUUUUCUUCCUCUCGAAAAAAAUUACCAUUUCUCUGGAAAGAGAGAGAAGAGAGGGAGAUAGAGAAAUUAGAGGGAGGAGAAAACAGAACUCAACCACUCUCAAAUCUCCAGUUCGAAGCUAAAAUCCUAAAUUCAUUUAGCUUGAAUUCCUCCCUUCCCCAUUUCUCUCCGCUCCUUGAUUUUCCUUCAUUUUCUCCAUCUCUGUUCUUCGCAUUGUUCAUUAGAUCAGAGGAGAAGGAAGAAGAACAGGAAAAAAUCUCUCUCGUCCUCCUCUUUCUCUCUCAUUUUCCGGGUAAAGUUUUCGGAUCUUCGCGAGCUUUAGAAUCAUGGUGUUUUGGGUAUUUGGGUAUGGCUCACUGGUGUGGAAUCCAGGAUUUGAAUUUGAUAAGAAAAUUAUCGGCUAUAUCAAGGAUUAUAAGCGUGUUUUCGACCUUGCAUGCAUUGAUCACAGAGGUACUCCAGAAAAUCCUGCUAGAACUCUUACUUUGGAAGAGGAAGAUGGAGCUAUUUGUUGGGGAGCAGCUUAUUGUGUGCGGGGAAGUCCUGAAAGGGAAAGAGCUGCAAUGGAGUAUUUGGAGCAUAGAGAAUGUGAAUAUGAUCAAAAGACACUUGUUAACUUUUACAAGGAAGAGAACUCUCUUGAGCCUGCGCUUACAGGAGUAAUUGUUUUCACGUCCACUCCGGACAAAGAAGUGAACAAAUACUACCUGGGUCCAGCUCCAUUAGAGGAUAUGGCUAGACAAAUUGCAACUGCUGUUGGGCCUUGUGGAAACAAUAGAGAUUAUAUUUUCAUGUUAGAAAAGGCAUUGUUUAACAUAGGUCAUGAGGAGGAAAUGGUGAUUGAGCUUGCUAAUGAGGUGCGAAAAGUCCUCGACCUCCUCGAGAAUGGAAUUUCAAGGGAGAACAAACUGCUCGGAGCAGCGCCCCACAUAAUACUCAAGUCACACAUACCGUCCUUAGAACUGCAAACGCUUCCAGAAGCCAUAGCCACAGAUACCUAACUGCAAAAUAUCACAAACCAAGCAAACCAGAGGCUUCCAGUGAUGGUUAACAACGGUUACUACCAUGCUUAGAUCAUUAGUCUUUGACCUUACUACUAGGACUUUGCAAAUCGAUGCCAUGUUUUUGUCAUCUAUGACAGUAAUGAUACUGUCGGAUUCAUGAUCUUGAACUUUGGACAUUGUAAUAUUGUUCUAUAUUUGACUGAACCAAAUGUGAUUAGGAGAAGUAAGGAAUAUUAUCACUUGUUGAAGUAUGUUGUGUAGACUACACAUCA